AUGGUCAAGAUUACCAUAGCAGGUGGCUCAGGGCAGGUCGCCAAAGAAGUGAUCGAUGCUCUCCUGGCGACCAAAAAACACGAUAUCACUAUCUUAACCCGCAAUGUCUCGGCUCCAAAUGGCUCGUCUGGAAUCACCUGGCGUACUGUGGACUACAACGACAAAAGCAACCUGACCGAAGCCUUACGAGGCACACACACCGUCUUGUCGUUUGUUCAGCUCUUGACCGACCCGGAGCAGAAAUCUCAGAAGAAUCUCAUCGACGCUGCUAUUGCCGCUGGGGUUAAGCGGUUUGCACCGAGCGAGUAUGGAAGUGCAGGUACAGUCGACAUGUCCUGGUGGGCUGGGAAAGAGAUUAUAAGGGAGUAUCUGAGGACGAUCAAUCGAAAUGAAAAGUAUACCCUCUUCCAAGCCGGCCUGUUCCUCGACUAUCUCGCCUCUCCGUAUAAAACAGCGAAGCACGUUGAGCCUCUCGACACGGUCUUCGACUUCCAGCAUUGUCGAGCGAUUCUGAUUGAUGGCCAUGAAGAUGCGAUCAUGACUCUGACCUCGGUCGCUGAUCUUGCUUCUGUUAUCGCACGAGCAGUUGACUAUGAAGGCGAGUGGCCGGAGAUCAGGGGAAUCAGAGGUAACAGGCUUAACUUUGAGGAGAUUGUGAAAGUUGGCGAGGAUAUUAGAGGCCGUCCUUUCGCUGUUGACAAAGUCAAACUUGGGGAUCUCAAAACUGGAGUUUUGAACGCUUCAUGGGGCUUGGAGAAGAGCCAUCGAGCUGUAUCCGACGAGCAGGCCGCUGAAUUGAAGAAAACCGUGUCCAUCGGGAUUCUGCUGAGCAGUGUUCAGGGUGCCUGGGAUGUCUCGGAAGAAUUCAAUCGUUUGUUCCCUAAUCACCAGUUUGAUGACAUGAAGGAGUUUCUCGGCAGGGUGUGGAAAGCCUGA